AUGGCCUUCACACCCAGAAGACUCGCUGCAGAGCUCGGCCUCGUGACAAUCGCCAGCGCCCCUCGCGAUGUAUCCCUGAUCUUCCUGACGCGCUUCCUCCGGAUGGCCGCCUACGGCAGCGCCUCGCUCAUCCUGGCGCUCUUCUUCUCCUCCCUCGAGGUCUCCGAGGCGCGCAUCGGCCUCUUCAUGACGCUCACCCUGCUCGGCGACGUCGCGCUGUCGCUGGGGCUCACCCUCGUCGCCGACGCCGCGGGCCGCCGCCGGAUCCUGCUCUUCGGCUGCCUCGGCAUGGUCCUCGCGGGCGCGGCGUUCGCCGCCUCCAGCAACUACUGGGUGCUGCUCGCCGCCGCGGUGGUGGGCGUCAUCUCCGUCUCGGGCAACGAGAUCGGGCCCUUCCGCGCGGUGGAGGAGAGCGUCCUCGCGGGCCUGGUCGGGGAGGACGGGCGGGGCGAUGUCUUCGCGUGGUACGUCGUCGCCGGCACGCUGGGCAGCGCGGCGGGGACGGCUGGGGCGGGCCAGCUGGUGGAAGGGCUGAAGAGCCGGGGGUGGACGGAGCUGCAGGCCUUCCGCGCUGUGUUCUGCGUAUAUGGGGCAAUUGGUGUCGUCAAGGGGGUUGCCACGAGCCUCUUGAGCUCUCGGUGUGAAGUCGGCGGAGGCGCGAAAGCAAAUGCCUACCAGCCGGUGGGAGCGAAGCAGAGCAGGCCCACUGCGGCCACCGAUGAGACGGAGGAGGACGGUGACGACGGGCCGGCACAGCCGGAGCCGAACGAACGCCCUGUACCUCAAUCGAAGCCGAAGCUGGGCCUUGCGCAACUAUCGAACAAGACACGGUGGACGCUGCUCCGGCUAUGCGCCUUGUUUGCGGUCGACUCGCUUGCCUCGGGAAUGGUUCCCUACUCUCUGGUCAACUUCUACAUGGACCGCAAGUUCCACAUGCCCAAGAGCACGCUGGGAGAUAUCAUGUCGGUGGUAUGGGUCAUGGCCAGUAUUGGCAACGUCUUUGCGUCUGCCAUUUCGAAGCGCAUCGGGCUAGUGAAGACUAUGGUGUUCACCCACCUUCCCUCUGCUAUCUUCCUUGCGCUUCUCCCUGCGCCGCAUGUUGUCUGGCUUACCGUGAUCCUCCUUGUAGCAAGGGGAAUCUUGGCGAGUAUGGACCAAGCACCGCGGUCGGCGUUCUUGAGCAAGGUGGUAGCAGCAGAGGAGAGGACUGCAGUGAUGGGUAUUGUGAAUGUGGUCAAAACGCUGAGCCAGAGUGGUGGUCCCACGGUUACGGGCAUCCUGGCAGGAUCAGAUCGAUUCUGGAUUGCGUUUGUGGUGGCAGGGUCGAUGAAAGCGUCGUAUGACCUGGGUUUGCUGACUUUCUUCCUGAAGGUUGAGAAGCAGGCUCAGGCAGAAAUGCAGGAGGGGAGAAACUCACGCAUGUCGGAGGACCAGACCGAGGAGCUUGAUGAUGCUUUCGAGCUGGACAGCAACGACGGAGAGUUUUCUGAAGAUGACACAGCAAGGAAAGGGAAGGUCGUUUAA